AUGGGUAACAAAGACAGCAAGUCCGGCAGCGUGGAGUUGAACGAUGAAACGAUCGAGCGUUUAACCAAAAAUACGAACUAUACUUCUGAACAAAUUCGCCAGUGGCAUGAAGCAUUUCUACGUGAUUGUCCCAAUGGUAAACUCACCGCGCGGCAAUUUUCUGAAGUGUACAAAAAAUUUUAUCCAGAAUUCGAAGCAGAAAAGUACAGCGCUCAAGUCUUUCGCACAUUUGACUCGGAUAACAGUGGUUCGAUUGAUUUUGUCGAGUUUCUACUUGCAGUUAACUUGAAUUCGAAUGGAGAUGUAAAAGAUAAACUCGGCUUCGCUUUUGACAUUUACGAUAUAAAUAAAGAUGGAAAAAUCGACAAGAAGGAAAUGACGAAGGUUAUUACGGCUAUCUACGAUCUAUUAGGUGAGGAGAAUCGCAAAGGUGACAAUUCGCCAGAAAAUCGCGUGAAGAGAAUAAUGGAAAAAUUGGAUAUGAAUGACGAUAAAAACAUUUCACGCGAAGAAUUCGUCGAAGGUUGUUUGAGAGACGAUAUACUUCGUCAAUUGUUGGCACCCAAUGUUUAA